GUUAGUUGGCUAGUAGCUAGCUACGUUGUUUAGCUAAGCUUAAAUGUGGCGCAACGUCCCUUUUGUCUGAAUUGUGUUUGCGAAACAUAUUGAAUACCGACGAUGAGCUGAUUUUCUGAAAGUUGAUCCCCAGUUCGUUUUGACUAUCGAUCAUCUGAUCUGGACCUCUUACUCGAACCAAUUGUAAGUUUAUAUCUUAUUAGCUAACCAGCGUAGCUAGGUAGCUAACCAACGUAGCUAGGUAGCUAGUUAACCAGCGUAGCGCUACCAAGGCAGGUAGGUAGGAAGUUAGCCUUGCCAGCUAACGUGUCCAAUGUUUACAGGCGAAGUGGGCCAUUUGACAGGGACACACUCAGUGACACAUAUUAGCUGACGUUAGUUGUCAGAGGUUGCUAUUAGCUAACUAGCUAGGUACCUAUAAUGUUAUUUAACGUUAUCUAGCUAAUAUUUUAUAUUUCUUCUAUUCUAGGACUAACUAGUUAACCAGCAGCUAUUUUGCUAACGUUGAUGUUAGCAAGUAGCUAGUACGCGUAAAUGUUUUUCACGAGAAUGGACCUGUUGAACUAUCAGUUCCUGGACAAAAUGAACAACAAUAUCGGGAGUCUACACUACGAAGGUAAGGGAGAAUAACUUACUCAUUUUCAAUAAAUGUUUUAUUGGCGUAGCAAGCUAGUACUAGUUGUUCGCUAACUAGCUAGCCCUCGUAGUUCAGAUAGCUAGCUAACUAGUUAGCCAGCUAUGGCUGCCCCCAUAAUUUGUUUAUCAUUUACGUUUAGCAAUCCAUUAUCACCAUAACAAACCAAACCAUGGGUAACGUUAGUUAACACAAUUUAAUGUAUUGAUCAAUUACACCUUUUUUGAUUUUAGUCAUUGUGGCUGCAAGGAUUGACAGAUAGAAAGUCAAGCUAAACCUCUAACGUUAUGUCCACUUAGUAGGUAAUGGUCACAGCAGGUAACUAGAUCACGUGGGGGAGGAUGGCUCAAACCUAUUGUUACUGAUUUUGUUUUAAAACCUUCGGAAUACUCUGCAGUUCUAAAUUAUUGAGACAUAAUCACUCUGGUUUGCAUGAAAUGUAUAAACGGAGACUGUUCUCUACAGCUGAAUCUUCUCUUACAGGUGAGUCCAGGAUGCCCUCGCUGCCCUCUGCAAUGACCAACAUGAGGACCGGUCCUCCACCCAUCUGCCCCAGCAAAAGGAAGUAUGGCGAGGAGCAAGUAGAUGACCGCAUUGACUGUGACAACGACCACAUGACCAAAAUGAGCCGACUGUUUGCUGCUCAACUGUAAGUGUAAACUUACAUACUUUUUAGAUGUUUUUAUUUUUUACAUGACAAUAUUUUAAUGUCAAAUGUAUCCAAACAUUUGCAGGUGUGAAUGGGCCUAUAUGUAUCGAUAUCAGAGAAGGAUUGCACACAGGAGGAGUGUGCAUGUGGUUAAAUGUGCCUAAAAGACAAGUGUGUCAUAAGUAAACACUGCUGCUUUUGGAACAAUCUAGCACUGAACCCUCAUUAAGCUACAGUCUGCACGGCCCAAUCUCCUGACGUCAAAGCGAGAUUGAUUUUAAAGUGGCCUAUGAAUAGCCGGCGCAGUUGGUGGCCUGUGUGAGGCUGUUGGGGGGUAAUCUGCCACUUGUCCUCUCUUUAACAAGGGGACGGCCUGCCGGUGGAGACCACCGCAGCAAUCCUUGGAGCCUCGGCCACAGCCCUAUGGAGCACAUCACUUCCUCCUCCAAUGGUCUGCAUGACAAUCACUUAUACGCCUCCAUCCCCUCCUAUGCGAUGGACCAGCCCCUGGCUCUGACUAAAAACAGCCUGAACUCUGGACUGGGUGGCACAGAGAGGCCUGCCAUGCCCGGCCCUGUGGACAGACCACAGGUAAUUCGGACAAUUACGAAAUACAGUCAUGCGUUCAUCAGUUGCGUCUUACGUACGGUCUCUUAUUGUACGUUGUAAACUUCUUUGUUUUUAUCUUAUAGAAUCGUCCCUCUGUGAUCACCUGUGCUCCUGCAAGCAAUCGCAAUUGCUACCUGUCUCACUGCCACAAGUCUCACAGCCCCAGCCCACCCAUCGAUCAGAGGAAGGCCAAUGGUAAAUCUUCUGUGCAUCAAUUGGAUAUUAUCUGUAACAUCGUAACCAAACCACCCUUGGAAUUUAGACUUUUCUCAAUACUCAUAAAUAGCUUCACUCAAUUCAGGAGCUUUAAUACUCACCUUGUACUCACCUCUCUUCUGUAAUCCCAGCUAACACUGGCGUCGACCCUGUGAUCGAGGAGCACUUCCGCCGCAGCCUGGGGAAGAACUACAAGGAGCCUGAGCCCGUCUCCAACUCUGUGUCCAUCACAGGCUCGGUGGACGACCAUUUUGCCAAGGCCUUGGGAAAGACCUGGCUCCAGAUCAAGGCCAAGGGGCCGGGGGGAGGCCCCCACAGUCCAGAGGCCGACUCCUGAAAGAUGGGCCGGGCCUCCCUUACUGUUGAAUGGUGAAACACAAUCACUUCUUUUGUCUGUGGCAUCCGAUAAGGGCACCGAUUGACCUCCCUAUACCAUUCAUUGUCAAGCUUGACAUCCCUGAGCUCAGAACAACCGGUGACAACCAUGCUAGACAAGACGAUGAAUCAUCAGUUUGAAUACUGUAUUAUACACCAAGACUGGCUUUUUACGGACCUUGGGGGGUGGUUUCUUCCUACUCCUAUUAAACGACUGACUCCGAUCUAGGAGGAUUUGAUACAUUUGUUCAGUUAGGGCAGUUUUGGAUUGAGUCCAAGUGUGUAAAUUCUUCCUUUUGAAGGCAGAAAUAUCCAUUUGAGGAGCCCUCUAGGACCAGUAUUAGUCAGCCCUGAUGUCAACUUGUCUUUAUUUGAGUUCUUGUAUUGAAUAUAUUUUUAAACAUUUUUAACACUUACCCUGACAGAUUCCCAAAACGAUCAAUUAAUGUAGGCCUUUGAGAAGGCGUACUGUUCUGUCUUAACUCCCUCAUGCCUUCCUUAUUAGCCAAAGAACUCACCUGCCACUUCAAACAAAAAGCCAUAGUCUGGUUUGCCCCUCUUCUGCCUCCAUCCUCCUGCCAUCUCCUUUAACUCUUCACUCACCCUGUAACUUUGUGUUUGAGUGUGUUUUCACUUGGAAAGGAAGGCCGGCCCUGAUUUGCACUAUUAUGUGUUAGAUUGAGGUAGGGGUAACGGCAUACCUGUUUCAUUUGGAGCAUACAAUACAUUUGUAUGAUUAUUAAUAUAUAUUUUUUUACAAUACUAACUGUGGUAAUGCAAUUAAGGCUCGUGCCUCCCUCCGGUCCCAAUGUUUCUCUCGCUCGCUCGCUGUCUCUCUCUCCAACUAUUCUGAACUGGACUCACUUUCUUAUUUGUGGACUUUACAUUUUUAGUUUUGAUCCUUUUGUUCUUCUCCUAAUACUCACUGUGGUUCAUUUCAUAGAUACAGUUAGUAAUAAGGAUAGUAUUCUGCUUACCGAGAUGCAUGUUUCAAAUAGCUGGUGUCUAUUAUAAGCCUUGUUAUUCUAUACUAUUCACCCUCAGAAUUUAUUUUUGUCAGUAACAGUUUUAGAAAUACUCACUGCUGGUACAGUCAUACUAAAUAUAUUUUUUGUAUCUGGUUUUCAUUAGAAAAUGUGUACACAAGCAUCCAUCUACAAAACACAGCCUCUGGCAAGGCUGUCUGGCUGCAGUAUAAUAGGCUAGAUUGCAUUAUUGUUCUGUGUUACUGGAUGCUAUGACUGAAUACAGUAAACAUUGAACAUCCUGUAGAAGUCCUAUCUAGGAGUUGACUAUCUUCACCGUAAUGCCGUUAGUCAUGAUUUUAUUUACUCUAAUCUGUUUCGGUUCAACUUUCAGUUGAACUUUGAAUGCUAUCAAAUUGACUAACUUUUAUUUUGUUAAAUUGUCUAGUAAUGAGGAUUUCUACUCCACAGUCUUCAUUUUGGAAAGUGUAAUGGUUUAUUAACCCUAAAAACAAAAAUGUUGGUGACUUCACACACGUAUCAUGGCUGGCCUUGAACAAAAGCCUUGCUCAUGCUUGUAUUGAGACGAUGGCAUGAACAUUCCACCAUUACUACCCAACUCAAUUUUAUGUUUAAAGUAAGAUCUGGUAAGAGUAAGAUUUGUGCAAUGAGGAUAGUUUCUCUUCCGUUUGUGGUGUUUCCAUUGUGUAGCCUAAACUGUAUGGGAGUUAAAAAAACAUUGAGAAUAGAAUCCAGGGUAGUACCACUCUAGAACAUCUAAUGUAUUAAAGGUGCAGGUUAUGCAGAUGAAUACAAUUGUAUGACCUUUCUGAAAUUAUUUCCAUUUCUUUUAGUAAACCUAUGAGUUAACACUGUUAUAGUACGUUGACAUUGUUUUAGUCACCUCAGCUCUUUCUUUGUGAGAAUUAUGUACGGUACUUGCAUCCAAUAUUCUACACACUGUUUAAGAAUUACUCCAUAAACUAUCAUAUUUCCGUUUGUCUUUUUCUUUAAUUUGUAAAGACUAUCAUUGCGCCGUGCGUAAAGAUGCUAGAUACAUUUUUUAAACAAUGUACUGGAUAUUCAGCCAUUGGAUAGUCAUUAUCCUCUAACGAUGCAUUUUUAUCUAUCUAAAAAGUUGAUGUUUUUCCAGAGUUGUCAUUCUAUGAAUAAGGCUCUCAAGGCAUACUAGGGGCGGCAAGUAGCCUAGCGGUUAAGCGCAUUGGGCCAGUAACCGAAAGGUUGCUGGUUCGAAUCCCUGAGCCGACUAGGUCAAAAAAUCCGUCUGUGCCCUUGAGCAAGGCACUUACCCCUAAUUGCUCCAUCUAAAUGUACACUGAACAAAAUUAUAAAUAAAACAUGUAAAGUGUUGGUCCCAUGUUUCAUGAGUUGAAAUACAUUUGUUUACAUCACAGUUAGUGAGCAUUUCUCUUUUGCCAAGAUAAUCCAUCCACCUGACAGGUGUGCCAUAUCAAGAAUCUGUUUAAACAGCAUGACCAUUACACAGGUGCACCUUGUGCUGGGGACAAUAAAAGGCCACUCUAAAAUGUGCCGUUUUGUCACACAACACAAUGCCACAGAUGUCUCAAGUUUUGAGGGAGCGUGCAAUUGGUAUGUUGACUGCAGGAAUGUCCACCAGAGCUGUUGCCAGAGAAUUGAAUGUUCAUUUAGAGAAUUUGGCAGUACGUCCAACCGGCCUCACAACUGCAAACCACGUGUAUGGCGUCAUGUGGGCGAGUGGUUUGCUGAUGUCAAUGUUGUGAACAGAGUGCCCCAUGGUGGCGGUGGGGUUAGGGAAUGGGCAGGCAUAUGCUACAGACAACAAACACAAUUGUAUUUUAUCUAUGGUAAUUUGAAUGCACAAAAAUACCGUACCGAGAUUCUGAGGCCCAUUCUGAGGCCCAGGUAUCUGUGACCAACAAAUUCAUAUCUGUAUUCCCAGUCAUGUAAAAUCCAUAGAUUAGGGCCAAAUUCUGAUUUCCUCAUAUGAACUGUAACUCAGUAAAAUCAAUGAAAUUGUUGCAUUUAUAUUUUUGUUCAGUAUAAAUGUAAUAAUGUCAGGGUGACAUUACUGCUGCAGGUUUUGAGUGUUUCUGUACUGCAGUGGAACUGUAAGGGCUUAUCACGAGUUGACUCAGUGAUAUGUUGGGGUUUAAUGUUCCAAUGUUAUUUAAUUGGUAUUAGACUGCUUGUGCCUCUAAACACAACCUAACUCUGUGUCUUCACAUGGAAAACUACAUUGCCUUAAACGUUUUGUUCAUCUUUAUUUAGUUUGUUUUUUGUACUUGAUUUCUCCUAAAUAAACUUUAAAAUGCUCUGUCUCAGUCCAGUAUUUUUUAAAUAUUUUUU